AUGCCUCCAAACGAACUAAAAGAUUUCACCCCUUGGUGGAAUGGACCCGACUGGCUUCGACAACCCUCUCGUUUCUGGCCAUCGCUUACUGCUCCUGUUCACGAAGAAUUCCCGCCUGACCAGCUCGAAGAACGUAUCGUAGCACUGCCAGCACAAAUCAUCCCACCAAACGAAUUGUUUUCGCUGUAUUCAUCGUUCACGAAGUUGGUACGCAUCGUGGCUAUCAUUCUUCGGUUUCGCCACAAUUCAAAUCCUCAGAAUCGCCACGAGAAACGAACGGGGUUCCUAUCUACAGUCGAACUAGUUCAAAGUACAGAACAGCUAGUGAAGAUCGCUCAAGAAGAAAGGUUUCCUCAUGAUAUCGCGGAUGUGCUUCGCGAUGGGCAGGUCAAAAGGAAUUCUCGGUUGAAAAUGCUUCUUCCACACCUGGCGAACGGCAUAUUGCGUGUCGGUGGCCGGCUGAGGAACGCUCCAGUGACGUACAACCAACGACAUCCUAUGAUUCUGCCGGACAAACAUCCACUGACCGACCUGAUCUUGAAGUUCUACCACCUCAACAACCUCCACGCUGGACCCCAGCUGAUAACAGCUGCAGUUAGGGAGCGAUUCUGGCCACUUCGUAUCCGCGACCAAGCGCGACAAGUGGUACAUUCGUGUCUAAGAUGUUUCCGCUGCAAACCUGACGUCAUGGAACAGCUCAUGGGCGAGCUACCAACAGAACGAGUUACGCCUACGCUACCAUUCCUUCGUUCUGGAGUGGACUACUGUGGACCCUUCUUCUAUCGUACAAGCAGAAAAGGGGCUCCUACCAAGUGUUACGUCGCCAUUUUCGUCUGCAUGGUGACAAAAGCUGUUCAUGUCGAAUGUGUAGCCGAUUUGUCCACAAGUUCUUUCAUCGCCGCACUGAGACGUUUCGUUGCGCGGCGAGGGAAGCCACAACUAAUCGAGUGCGAUAACGCGCUAAAUUUCAGAGGUGCCAAGCGUGAGCUGGACGAGCUCGUCCGUCUCUUUGGCACUCAACAACACCAGCAUCUCGUAACCAGUAGCUGUGCUGAAGAUGGUAUCUCGUUCAAGUUCAUACCACCGAGAUCUCCAAAUUUCGGUGGGCUUUGGGAGGCCGCUGUCAAAUCUCUCAAGAAGCAUCUUCGCAGCACUCUACUGAACACUAUUCUAUCGCUGGAUGAAUUUCUAACUCUCCUCACACAAAUUGAAGCCUGUCUCAAUUCUCGUCCACUGACCCAGCUGACUGCAGAUCCAAACGACCUCGAGGUGCUCACGCCAGGGCAUUUUCUGGUCCAUCGUCCACUCAUCGCAAUACCCGAGCCCAGCCUGGCUGAUGUUCCGAUGAAUAGGCUCGACCGGUAUCAGCAGACCCAGGAAUACGUUCGUCGGAUAUGGAAGCAGUGGCAGUCCGAAUACCUUUCUGGACUGCAACCUCGAACUCGUUGGACUCAACAACGGGACAACAUCAAAGUGGGUACAAUGGUCUUGCUGAAGGACGACAACCUUCCACCAAUGAAGUGGAGACUGGGACGAGUGACGCAGGUGUUCAGAGGAGACGACAACUUCGUUCGAGUGGUGGCAGUUCGGACAAAGGACGGCGAGUUCCGGCGUGCCAUAUGCGUAAACCCGAAGGAAAUUAGAACUUUUCCGGCGUGCCAUAUGCGUAAACCCGAAGGAAAUUAG